UAUGAAUGUGUGCAUGCAUGGGAGUCAUUUAAGUUAUUUGCAUGCAGUGUGCGCAUGUGUGCAUAUGCUGGAUGACAGGAUAUUAUUUAUUAUAUUAUUUAUAUAGUAUAAAUGUAAAAGCAGUCAAAUUGCUAGAUAUGCCUCAUAGAUAGAUAAAUAUAAAAAACAUGACCUAUAUAAUAAAUAACAUAUAAUAAAGAAUACAGAAUAUAUUAGCAUUAAAUUAAGACGCAUUUCUACAAAUUUGAAGAGGUUAAAUUGGCACGCAAAUAUUCUUUAAAUGUAUGUUUGUGUGACUAUGUAAUAUCAUGUGCUAUUCAUUAAUGUGGCAAUUAUAUGAUAUAUCCGCAAAUGCAACAGGAAGUAAGCGAGUGUGCUCAUCAGUUGAUCAAUAAAAAAAAAAAGCCUCUUGUAACUACCUUAAAUGUGUCAAUUUUAACUGGUACCAUAAUUUCGUUUGAAAGUUUCUUAAAUCACAAUCAAUGCAUCUCCUUGUGUGAGGUCAUUGAGAAAAUAAUAUAUUUCCUUGAACAGUCUGAAAUGUUGAAUCCGCAACUCACACAACAUUGAAUUGUCCAAUAAAAAUAAAAAUGAAACUUCGCAAUCAGUGGUGUGCUUUCACAAGCGUGCACUUCCCCUCUGGGUGCAUGUCUCUCCCCCACACAUGGUUCGCGUUUUGGAAAAAACCUUUGGUUAAUGAGUAACGUGGUCUGAGCAGAACCUUCAAUUAACAAAAGGCUUUGUUGAAUAAAAACUGCUGACCGGCACAUUUUUGGCUCCCACCUUCUUCCCCCUACAUGGAGCUAAUCCUCCCAUUUCAGCAGCCAGUAACCAAUGCUAUCUGCUUUUAACUUGUUCUACAAUUACAAGCACGCUCAUGCAGAGAGCUCGUAAGUCUAAACGUCUUGCAUGGGAAAAAAAAUAGAGGGGAGUUGGAAAGAGACCAUGCAGUGGCAUGUGAGAACGACUAGGCUGGGAGAUUCUCAGCAACGAAUUCUAAAUGCUUUUACUGUUUAAUCUAUUCUUGAAGAUGAUGUUGUUCCCUCUCGAGGAUGUGUGUGAACGGUUGUGCUUUGUGAGUCUAAACAGAUGGAUGGAUGGAUGGAUGGAUGGAUGGAUGGAUGGAUGGAUGGAUGGAUGGAUGGAUGGAUGGAUGGAUGGAUGGAGUUGUGUGCAAUUCACGAAUACGGAUGCUCAGUAGCACACGUAGCGUGUGUAAAUGUCUUUUCUUUUUCUCCCAGAAUAGAGGUGUUACGUCAUAUGACGUAACUAUGGCACUGAUUCAAUAUUUUUACAUUUACCUCAGAUUAAAAAAAAAAUCCAAAACAAUUCGCCAAUUCAAUUGACUGCCGAAACGUAUGGUCAGGGCAUCGUCGUUUUUGUAAUAAAAUGAAAUUACAUCACAGUUUGCGAGGAGUUUAAAUGAACUGAGCUGGUGGAAACUGGAGCGCUACAUACAAACAAUUAAAGCGCGCUCCUAACUGAGCGCUCAACAAUAAUAGAUAAUCACUAUAGCCUACAGCAUCUUAAAAUUGUUUUUUUCAUUAAUCGGUGUGGUAUAAAGCGCAAACCUAGCAUUUGUUUUAUUUAUUUAUCUAGAGCACGGACCCAAAGCAUGCAGUGAGACGUUCAGGAUACAAGAGAAAGAUUAAAGUUGAAUUAAACCAUUGAAUCAUUAACGGUCCCAUAAUUUGUGUUCCUUUGGGGCUAUAUCUGGCUGUGUUUAGUGGUCGUAGGAGCAGCGAUACAUACUUAAAAAAAAAAAAAAAAAAGACAUUUGAGGUCAUUGUUAUCAACCAGCAGCGGUGCAAGCAGGCAGGCAGCGCUGGUAGUGGAGGGGAGAGGGGGGCGGGGGUCUACAGCAGGCAGCAGGCGGGCUCCCGGUAAGCUCGUUCAGCUUGUGUGCUAGCCAUAGCCUGUCGGUAGGCUGUCCGUAUAUUCCACCUGUUUAAACCGGCCCCCCCUCCAUCACCGAGGUGCUGAAUUUGUCCACCUCUCGUAUCCGCGGAGCGUUCAUGUCACACGGCGUCCGGCUUGCCGCCCUCCGCGGCCGCUGGCGCCAGGAGGUGGUGGUGGUGUUGUGGCGGCGGCAGUGGCGGCUGCAAACAGCCGCCCGCUAGGCGAGGAAAACAUCGGAGCGGCUUGCGCAGGGAAUAGAGGGAGCACCAGGAUUCUUCAUGGAUUUCAUUAUUUUGCCAUGAUUAAUGAAAUGUCCCAGUGACGGCAAAUCUGUGAUGCGAUCUUGCUGGGUCCUAUCGGGAUUGUACCGGGACCGCCGGUGCUAAUAAAGGUCAGAUUGCAGGGGGCCAUUCGAGAGACACCGUCACGUGACCCCUGGUACCAAAUGGUCUUCCGGCAGUGGUUCUCAACAAGGGCCGGAGCUAAAGACGACAUUGCCACAUUUCCCAGACAUGCAGAAGACAACAUACUACGACAAUUCAACUCUUUUUGGUGGCUACGUGUCUUAUCAGGUGCAGGGGGCAGCAACUGCACCUGUCAACAGCUUUGGGGGCUAUGAAGUCCAAGGGUCUCAUCAUCAGCCAGCCUUCCAGUCGGCAACCCAUCUGGAUGUUGACUCCUACCACCGAUCCGCCUGCUCUUUGCAGACACUGGGUGGUGGCAGCGGGCACCAGCAGCAGCAGCAGCAACAACAGCUAGCCAAAAACAAGGAGCCCAAUGGCAGCUGCAUGAGGCCCACCCUGCCUCCUGAGCACCAUGCUGGCUCCCAAGUCUCCCCACCAUUGGCCCCCAAUCCAAGCGACAGUAGUACCGUAGCUCAGCAGCCAGGGGGCAGUGCUGGUGCCUCGUCAGUCCCUAAAUCAGGCCUCAAUAGGUCAUCUAAUUCUUCCUCUUCGACGUCAUCCUCCACUUCUUCCUCCUCUUCUUCACUGCCCUCCAACCCAACUUUGGCUAAGCAUAUAUUUCCCUGGAUGAAAGAGUCUCGCCAAGCAACUAAGCAGAAAAACUGUUCGCCUAGCAACAACUCGGGCAACGCAGCAUCGGGUGGAGGUGAGAGCGGUAGCGGCGGGGAGAAGAGUCCUACUACCGCAUCAUCGGCAUCAUCGAAACGAGCACGCACAGCGUACACCAGUGGCCAACUUGUUGAACUGGAGAAGGAAUUUCAUUUCAAUCGCUACCUGUGCCGUCCACGGCGUGUGGAAAUGGCCAAUCUUCUUAACCUUUCUGAGCGCCAGAUCAAGAUCUGGUUCCAGAAUCGACGCAUGAAGUACAAAAAGGACCAGAAGGCCAAGGGAUUAAGUUCUAGCUCAGGAGGGCCUUCACCAACUAGCUCACCGCCUCUGCCCAUGCAAUCCUCUGCGAGUUAUCUCAACUCAAUGCACCCAAUGGUUGGGGGAGGUGGGGGAGGAGGGUCAGCCUAUGAUGCCCCAUCUCCUCCAUCUUUUGGUAAACCUCACCAAGGAGUUUCAUACUCCAUGUCCACUGCCUACUCCAAUCUCCCAAUGAAGGGCUGCCCUCCACAGCAGAAGUUUAGUCACCAAGAUCAAGACUACGGUGAGCCACAUCCUCACCACGGCCUCGUGCAGGCCAACACUACCAGCUUUGGAACUCCCACUAACAUGCAGGCCAGUCCAGUGUAUGUGGGGGGUGGCAGCUAUGUGGAACCCAUGCCUGGCUCUGGGCCCUCCAUGUAUGGCCUAAAUCACCUGGGCCCAACACCAUCCCAUCACCAAACCAUUGAAUACAAUGGUGGAGGGCCCAUGUCAGCCACUAACCAGCAUCAUGUGAGUGGAGGGGUACCUCCAGGUCCUUGCGACCCACCCAGUCAUACAACGUACACAGAGCUCUCUGCGCACCAUACCUCGACUCAGGGCAGAAUUCAAGAAGCACCCAAGCUCACUCACCUGUAGCACUGGGGAGAGAAAUGAAGGAUGACCACACAAAAUUAACAGGCUGAUUUGCAGGAAAAGCUAUGGAAGAAAAUGAGAUGGAGAGGAGCAAUUCAGUGGUUUAUGCUUUACAUGCACUUAGGGAAGUAAUCAAUGUUUGGCUCAAUAUUGAUGUCAUCACUGUCAACAAAAUGUCAAUGUACUUUAGUCUUAGAAAGACACUUCAUUUGAAUUUGUAUUUAUUAAUUUUGAAUAGGAAAAAAAAAUAUCCUGUACCGCUAGUCUUUACGGAGCAGGCAGUAAGUCCAUGUGGAGUUUUUUUGUUGUUGUUGUGGCCUCGACCCACAUUUCAAAAAUAUGGUUAUUAGAUUAUUCUAAAUCAGUGGUGGACACAUUUUUGUACGCCACAGAUCGGUUCAUAAAAGUACCCACAACCCGAAUGAGAAAAAGUUGGGAGAGGAAAUGAAUGGAUGAAAAUUCAGAACAAAUGAGUAUACUAUGAUGACAACCUUAAAAGAGAGCCAUUUAUUUGUCUUUGGUAUGUCCCAUCGAAUUCAAAAAAAGCAUCAAAUGAUCUCCAUAGAUCUCAAAAUAAUUGCUCACUUGAAUAAAUGGAAAACUGUUUAUUAAUAUUCUUGAAUAACAUAAUCUGAGACUUCAUUUAAAUAAUAGACACCCCAGAAGACCCAUAUACAAACCAGUCUUCCAGAUGAAAUAGUGGAACAUUUAAUGGGAAGUUACUGAGGUGCUAAGAUUAAUGACAGUGAGGUUUCUUCCCCUCCAGGCAACACAUGUUGUUGUCAUCUGAGCUGAGUAAGUUGAGCUCUUAGAGAAAGGAAAGAAUAGCUGGCACUCUUCACUCUCGCCUGUCCAGUAAAGUGCAUAAAAACGCUGAUUGAUCCUCUGUCUCUUUUCAUCUCCUGCCAUAAAUUUCUGUGUGGAUCCAGAUUUAAUCACUGACCCAUUGUGUUCGAUAUGUCACAACAGCACAUACGCUCUAAUUGGGGUGACAUUUUUUUUACAAUUCAAUUUAUGCAUCUGUACACAACACCUACAAUCACUUCUUCUUCCACUCCAAAAGCUUCAAGGUUGUAGAUUCCCUGGAAUGACACAUACAAUGUCUUGCUAAGUACUUUAGCGUACCAUCUUUGUACACACAGCAAUGCUAAGCUAGUUUCAUAUUGUUGGUAACUGCAGUCAGGUAACGCCAGCUGCUGAUGUUGUUACAAUGUUUGUUUAUUACCAUACUUUCGCACAUCAUUGAUACAGGGUAUAGAGUUGAGAAUGCUUUUUACUUAUGCUUAUGCCCAUUCUCUCCCUCACUUUCACUAAUGGAAGGGUUUACAUAAAUAGGUGGGCAUAAUUCUUUUAUAUAUAAAUAUAUUUGUUUGGUUUUUUUCUUGCAUAUUUUGACUUUCUAAAUGGAUACAGGGUAUAUAUUUGAACAAAAAUGCCAGUCCCAGGAAUGUGUACACAUUUUUGAAAAAUAUGGGUUUAUUUGUUUAAAUCAUUAGUAAGGAGUUGGGAGCAAGACACAAAACAUUAAGAAAAAAAUUGAAAAUUAUUAACUCAAUGUUAAAAGAAUUAAAGGGGAAGUGAACCCACAAUUUUUUUUUAACAAUAUGUUUUGAGCAGUCCAACUCGUCAAAACAUCAUGUUCUGAUUAAUGUUUCAUUUAUGGAAUAUGAAUUAAGCAAGCAAAAUCGACUUUUUUAUGCAGCUCGGGGGGCGGCCAUUUUGCUUUUGCUGUUGAUUGAAAAUGACAUCACAGUUGCCACAUCUCAGGUCGCAACCAAUCACAGCUCAUCAGUUUUUUUAAGCUGAGCCAUGAUUGGUUGGGACCUAUAACAUCACGUGGCAAAAUGGCCGCCCCUAAAAUGUAUAAAAUCCGUAUUUAGACUAGUGAGGGCACAUAAACAACAUAUUGUAAAGAAAAGUUUUGAGUUGACUUCCCCUUUAAGUGUGUCUGGCCCACUCUACACUACUUGAUGCUCUGAAAAUAUACUCAUAUUUUUCAAAAGUGUGAUUUACACAAAUGCUUUUUGCAUCUGGGUGUCAUUGUUGCACUUAGAGUUUACAUUUUUUAAGUUUAAUGUAAAAAAAAAAAAGUUAUUUUGAGGAAGCCUCUCCAAUCAGAGUCCUUCGCAAAUGUGCGUUCAAGUUAACGUUCAUAUAAAAUAUUUAUUUGUUAUUGCCAGUUUAAAAUAAUUCUCUCUCUCCAUUAUCAUUAUUUAUCCAUCGUGUAUUUAUAUUGAUAAAAAAAAAUGUAAUUUUCUAGCAUUUACCUGUUAUGAAUGAAAAACAGCAUUGUGUUUCUUCUUUGUCGAUUGUACUGAAGUUACAAUUUUAGUUCUUGUAUUUUGAUAGGGAAUAAGUAAUUUUUAAGUUCCUACAGUUCUUUUUACAAGAAUGUCUUGACAUGUAAAAGGAAAUAGCAGGGAUGGGGAUUGGUAACCCAUCCAUGCAAAAUUUUGACAACAUAUUAGCCAGGGGAAAGAAGAAGACUUUUUGGAGAACAAUGACUUCUUUAUUUUCCCUUUAGCAACUUUUUAUUUAAUUGUUUAUAGAGUUGUCUGUCCAGCAGUUCCUUAAUAAAAUGUUACUUUAUU